AUGUGGGCCACUUUGCAUGGGGGUCCCGCCCCCGGAUUUUCUACAACGCUUUUAUUAGUUUAUUACAAGGGAGGUAAGGGCACCGGAAGUAAGACGCGGCAAGCCUCCUGCUGGUCACCGGACCCACAUUUGACCACUCUCCCUGACCUCUACGGGGGUAGCGAAUAUAUAUCUGCACUUGAGGUCUUCUUGCCCGAUCUUUGCACUUCAAAGAGACGUCAAAUGAUGGAUACAGCAACAGAACUAACGGCACCGGCCGCCAAUUUGGAGCAUGCGGAAAGCUACAAGUCGGCUGCUGCCAAAAGGGUUGAGACUUUGGGUACAGUUCGGCACAGGCAUGAGCAUACAAACGAAAUCAUACUCGUCCCAACCCCUUCAAAUGAUCCAAAUGAUCCCCUCAAUUGGAGUCAGGGUUUCAAGUAUUACACGGCUUUUAUAAUAUGUCUAGCAAUGUUCAUGUGCAACUUUCUGGCAGCCGGGCCAACUAUUGCUAUGGUUCAGACGGCUCAAGAUUUCUUUCCAGAUUGGAAGAAGAUUGGUUUGAUCGCGGCUAUCUCGAAAGUGGCCUACUUUUUCACAUCGACAUCCCUCCUCCAAGGUACUGGCAAUAUGAUCUGGAUGCCGCUUGUCAACAAGUAUGGAAGACGCCCAAUAUAUCUGAUCAGCUAUUCCAUUUACUUGAUCUGUGCUAUUUGGGCGGCAUGCACACAUUCGUAUGGAAGUUUCUUGGCUGCUAGGAUUUUGCUCGGCUUUGGUGCUGGUGCUGCUGAAACGAUGGCUCCGCUGUCAAUCGCUGAUAUAUUCUUUCUACACGAGCGUGGUGCGAUCAUGGCCCUUUACAGUGCAUCUUUGGUCUCCGGAGUGUCUGGUGGAAUCAUAAUUGCUGGGUUAAUUACAAUCAAGCACCAUUGGAGAGUUAUUUACUACGUUGCCAUUGCCCUGGUCGGAGCCACACUACUCCUCGCAUAUUUGACAUUCCCAGAAACAAGUUAUAAACGAAAUAUUGAGCUCGAUCCUCACGGGCAUCCAACCACUGUAGUUGAGGACCAAGCAGCUGGCCAACCUAUCGAUACACCAUCAGACGAAAAAAUCAACACCGGAGCUCACGUUGAGGCCGCUCCAGGCUCCAUUCCAAAGAAGAAGAGUUACGCACAGAGGCUCAAAAUCUUCUCGGGCACAUACACCGAAGAAAGCUUCUGGAAACUAUUCAUCCGACCGUUUGCACUGAUACUCCUCCCACCAAUCCUAUGGUGUGCCCUCGUCCAAUCUGUGACCAUCGGCUUCAUCGUCGCCGUAACUUCCAACGUUGCCAGUGCCUACUCAACAGCGUACCAAUUCAAACCAUACCAAACGGGUCUCUGCUUCUUCGCUGCAAUAAUCGGUGCCGCAAUCGGUAUCCUAGCCGGUGGUCAUUUGAGUGAUAUCGUCGCAGAUUUCUUCACCAGGAGGAACGGAGGCGUUAGAGAGCCCGAGAUGAGGUUGCCGGCGAUCAUGAUUAGUCUCGUCACCACACCGCUAGCCCUAAUCCUGUACGGGGUCGGCAUCCAAUACAAUUUGCAUUGGAUAUGUCCGACAAUAGGGCUUGCACUGCUCAACUUCUCAAUCGUGCAAGCUACUAAUGUUGCGCUUGUGUAUGUCAUCGAUGGUUAUCGGCCUAUUGCUGGUGAGGUUACGCUUACUACGAUGGGAUUCAAAUCUGCAUUUGGUUUCCUCCUCUCUUUUUACACGAACCCCUGGAUUGAGCAGUCUGGUUACCUGAAUGCUUAUGGCGCAAUGGCUGGUAUCUCUGCCGGCAUUUUGAUUUUUUGGAUACCGCUCUAUAUCUGGGGCAAGCGGAUCAGACAUGCUACGUGGCAAUGGCGUGUAACGCAAUUCGUUCAUUGGGAUGAAGAUCGAGAGGUUGGAGAAUAG